AACAAAUAAUCUCGACUAGAUAACAAAAACAAUGCCUGCUGAAACUUGUGAAACGCAGGCGGUAGAGGCGGGAGGUGUCACUUUGCGCGGGAAACAUUCACCAUGGUGCAGAAGUCAAUCCUGUCAUUCUUCGCCGCCAAGCCAGCGCAGGGGGCUGAGGGCGGCAGUGAGGGCGGUGGAAGCAGGAGGGCCGCCUCCGAGGAGUCUCCAGUGAAACGCAGUGUGAAGAGAAGGAGUCGAGUGAUUGAGAGCGAAAGUGAGGAGGAAGACAACAGGGCAGAUGACGGGGAUAGAAAAAACAAGAAAUUAAAAGAACAAGACGAAACCAAGAAAGCGGAGAAUGGGAAGCACACAGAGGAGGAAGAAGAGAAAAAGGAAGAGGAAGAAGAGAAGGAGAACCACAAGUCAAACAAAACAGUGAAGAAAACACCAGAUACAAAGAAGGACAAGAAGAACCAGAAACCAAGAACGCCAAAGAACGACGCAGACAAAAACAAAAACAAGAAAUCAAAUGAGAAAGAGAAAAAAAAAACCACAGAGGAAAACAAGAAAAAAAAAGACAGCAAUGAGGAGACAAUUGGAGAACACAGUAAGGAGGAAGAGAAGAAGAAAAAGGAGGAGGAGGAGGAUGGGCCUUGUUCAUCCUCCGUCACCCCUAAGAAAGAGUCACAGUGUCCCCCACCUGGCCGUCCCCUGGGAUUCACCCCUGAGACUGUGCCCCCCUUGAGAAGAACAGCAAGGAAAAAGAGGUUGAGUGUCAGUCCAGAGGAAAAACAGAAAGACGACACCAAGAAACAAAGAAAAGAGGAGGAAAAGGGAAGUCCUGUGAGCAGCAAGACCAAGAAGGAGGCUGAGUCUGAAGAAGAGAUGGAGGUGGAGAACAAGAGCAAGCAGGACGAGAAAGAAGAGGAAAAGAAGGAAGAGAUGGAAGAGGUGAAGGAAAAGUUAACAAGUCCAGCAGGAAGACCCAAACCCACCACUAUUCAUAGCUUCUUUACUUCCAUGAAAACUUCUGCGGCCAAGAGUAAGCCUAAAGAAACUCCUCCCAAGAUUAAGAAAGAGGAAGAGGAAGAGAAGAUGGAGGUGGAGGAGGAAGAAGAACACUCCUCCUCCCCACAGAAGAAGGACAGGGAGGCAGGAAGAAGAAAGGCAUCAUCACAUUCCUCCCCCAAAGAAAAGAAGAAGAACGAGGAGAAGGAAAAAGAAGAGGAAGAGGAGAAAUUAAAGAAGAAGAAAUCGCCAAAGAGAAAUAAGAAAGAUAGUAAGAAGGUGGAAGCAAAAACUAAAAAAGAAGAGGAGAAGAAGGAAGAAGAAAAGAAAACCAUGAAGAAGGAAGAAGAGGAGGAGGAAGAGGGAAAAGAGGAAGAAAAGAAAACGACUAAAACUGAGAAGAAAACCCCGAUAAAGGAAGAAAAGGAGGAUGGAAAAGAGGAAGAAAAGAACAAAAUUAAAACUGAGACGAAAACUGCGAUAAAGGAAGAAGAGGAAAGAAGAGAUGAAGAAAAGAGCGAUGAGGUGGAGAAGGAAGAGAAGAAGGUGGAUAUUAAGAAAACAUUAAUCAACCCUUUCUCUCAGAAGACGCCAGGCAGUGGUGACCCUGGGGCAGAUUAUGACCCGAGGAAGGCCAAUUAUCACCCAGUCAAGGACGCGUUUUGGCAGAAGGGACAAAAGAUGCCGUACCUGGCCCUGGCAAAGACCCUGGAGGCCAUUGAGGAGACCAGUGGCCGCCUCAAGAUAGUGGAGAUCCUGGCUAACUUCCUGCGGUCGGUCAUUGUGCUGUCGCCUGAUGACCUCCUGUUCUGCGUGUACCUGUGUCUCAACAAGGUGGCGCCGGCCUUUGAAGGGCUGGAGCUAAGGAUUGGGGACACCAUCCUCAUCCGCGCCAUCGCUCAAGCCUCGGGUCGCAGUCCAGACAAGAUCAAGGCAGACGCGGAGAGGCUGGGUGACCUGGGCAUUGUGGCAGAGCAGUCCCGGACCAAUCAGAGGGUCAUGUUUCAGCCGGCCAAGCUCACGGUGGCUGGCGUGUUCAAGAAGCUGAAGGAAAUUGCUCUUAUGACUGGCCAUGCGUCCCAGGCGAAGAAGAUUGAUCUGGUGAAGGGGAUGUAUGUAGCGUGCCGUUUCUGUGAGGCCAAGUUUCUGGUCCGCUCCCUUGGUGGAAAGCUGCGGAUUGGGCUGGCUGAACAGUCUGUCUUGAUGGCUAUUGCCCAGGCAUGCUACCUGACACCCCCUGGCCAGGAGUACCCACCUGAGGUAGUGGAUGCAGGGGCUGGCCGGAACCCUGACAAAUUAAAGGCAGAAAUUGAUGAAUAUGCUCUCAUUCUCAAGACUACUUACUGUGAGUUCCCAUCCUACGACAAGAUCAUACCAGUGCUGCUGCAAGAGGGACUGGAGAAGCUACCAGAGCACUGCAAGCUGACCCCUGGCGUGCCGCUCAAGCCCAUGCUGGCCCACCCCACCACUGGCGUCUCAGAGGUGCUCAAGCGCUUCGAGAAUGCCAAGUUUACCUGCGAGUUUAAGUAUGAUGGGGAGCGAGCACAGAUUCACAUGAAGGAGGACGGCACCAUCAACAUCUACAGCCGCAACCAGGAAGACAACACCUCCAAGUACCCUGACAUCAUCUCACGCUUCAAGAACUUCCUCGGCGAGAAUGUCAAGUCCUGUGUGGUGGACUCAGAAGCAGUGGCGUGGGACAGGGAGAAGAACCGCAUCCUGCCCUUCCAAGUCCUCAGCACGCGGAAGAAGAAGGAUGCAAGAGAGAGCCAGAUCACAGUACAAGUGUGUGUGUUCCCCUUUGACCUGCUGUACCUCAAUGGGGACCCCCUGGUGCGUGAACCGUUUGAGAAGAGACGCGCCCUGCUGCGAGAGAACUUCAAUGAGGUGGAGGGGGAGUUUGUGUUUGCCACGAGCAUGGACGCCACCAACACCGAGGACAUUGAGGAGUUCCUGGAGGAGUCUAUCAAGGGUAACUGUGAGGGUUUGAUGGUGAAGACACUGGAUGUUGACGCCACCUAUGAGAUUGCCAAGCGCUCCCACAACUGGCUCAAGCUGAAAAAGGAUUAUCUGGAUGGGGUGGGUGACACAAUCGAUGCAGUGGUGAUUGGAGGCUACUUGGGCAAGGGUAAGAGGGCUGGUCUGUAUGGUGGCUUCCUGCUGGCUUGCUAUGACGUGGAGAAUGAGGAGUACCAGUCCCUCUGUAAGAUUGGGACAGGCUUCAGUGACGAGGACUUAGCAAAGCACACUGAGUUCUUCAAGAAACAUGUCAUUGAGAACCCCAAAUCCUACUACAGGUAUGACAACACUGUGGCUCCCGAUCACUGGUUUGAUGCGGUACAGGUGUGGGAGGUUAAGUGUGCUGAUCUCUCCAUCUCUCCAGUGCACAAAGCCGGCCUGGGCAUUGUGGAUCCCGAGAAGGGCAUCUCCCUCAGGUUCCCAAGGUUCCUCCACAUCAGGGAUGACAAGAACCCAGAGGAUGCCACAUCUGCCAACCAGAUUGCGGAGCUCUACAGGAAUCAGGAACAGAUCAAAAGCAGCAAAACCAAGAAUGCUGGUGAUGACGAUGACUUCUACUAGUGCCUGACUCACCACCCAUCCCAUAGCCACCAUUUGAGUUAUCAUCCAGACUUUCGCGUUGGUGUUUGAGUCACUGUGGUAAUUGUGGCUCUCGUUUAUCAUUGUUUAAGUCAUCGGUGGAGGUUGUUUUGGUGUGUGUCGCUGUGUAGACUUCCACUGCUCAUGUAAGUCACCUUUGAUACUUACAUUGGUCGAUAAGUCACCAAAAAGACUUGUAUCUCUCGUUUCCAGUCAUGUAAGUUGCCAUUUGAACUUAAACUGGCAUACAAGUCAUCAAAAAACACUUGCAUCUCUCAUUCUUCUUCAUUUAAAUUGCUGCUGGCUCUUAAAUUGGAAUAGGAGUCACAGUAUAGAUUUGUAUUUCUCAGUUCCCAUUAUUUAAGUCACUUCUGAUACUUAAUUUGGCAUACAAGUCACCAAAAAUACUUGACUCUCCCAUUUUCAAUCAUAUUAAUCACCACUGGAACUUAAAUUGCCUUACAAGUCACCAAAAGACUUGAAUCUCCCAUUUCCAAUCACAAAAGUUACCACUGGAACUUUAAUUGAAUACAAGUCACCAAAAACACUCUUAAUUCUCGUUCUCCAUCAUGUAAGUCACCUCUGAGACUUAAAUUGGCAUACAAGUCACCAAAAUUUCUCACAUCUUCUAUUUCCAAUCAUAUAAGUCAACACUGGAACUUUAGUUGUCAUGCAAGUCACCAAAAAGACUUGUAUCCCUCAUUCCCCACCAUUUGAAUCACCACUGAGACUUGAAUUAGCACAUAAGUCACCAAAAAGACUUGUACCUCUCAUUCCCCAUCACUUAAGUCAUCAUUGGAACUUGCCUUCAUUAGCAGGUCACCAUAAGGACUUGCAUCACUCACUCCCCAAUGAUCAUCUUUGCUACCACACAUCACCAUUUGGAUUCCUGUCCAUUUGGAUUCCUGUGAGCCUGUUAGUUCAAAUAAGAGAGAGAGAGGGCUUUGAUAUCAUGCUUUACUUGAACGAACUGCUAUUUUUGUAUAAGUAGGGAAGUAUAGUAACCCUGAAUGAUAAAGGAAGCAGGAAGGGAGCCAUGCAUUUCUCUAGAUUCUUGUUCUGUGAGUCUGCAAGUUCAAACAAGGAAUAAAAAUGGCUUUGGUAUCAUGCUUUAUUUGAACAAACUGCCAUUUUUCCAUAAGUGCCAGAAUAGAGUUAGCCUGAGUGAUUAAGCAAACAAUAAGGAAGUCGUGCAUUUCUCCAUGUUUCGUUUUCAUAUUCUUAUUCUGAGAUUCAAACAAGGGAGAGGAAUGGUGUUGCUAUCAUGCAUUACUUCACAAACCACAAUUUUUCUAUAAGUGCUAGAAGAGAUUAAGUGUGAAGGAUAAAAGGAACAGUAAGGAAGCUGGUAAUUUCUCUAGAUUUUUAUUCUGUGAGUCUGCAAAUUCAAACAAGGAAGAGAAAUGGCUUCGAUAUGCAUUACUUCACAAACCACAAUUUUUCUAUAAGUGCUAGAAGAGAUUAAGUGUGAAGGAUUAAAGAAACAGUAAGGAAGCAGGUAAUUUCUCUAGAUUUUUAUUCCUUGAGUGCAAAUUCAAACAAAGAAGAGAAAUGGUGUUGGUAUUAUGGAUUACUUCAACUGACCAUAAUUUUUCUAUAAGUGCUAGAAGAGAUGAAGUGUGAAAGGUAAAAGAAAUAGUAAAGAAGCAGGUAAUUUCUCUAGAUCUAUAUUCAGUGAGUUUACAAAUUCAAACAAGGAAGAGAAAUGGUUUUGAUGUGCAUUACUUUGACAAACCACAGUUUUUCUAUAUGCACCAGAAGAAAGUAAGCCUGAAAUGAAAUGAAAUGGUAAGAAAACAGUUAAACUUCUCAGAUUCUUGUCCUAUGAUAAAGGCCUCUUCAAGUUGAUAAUACAAAUACCUAGGAUAUGCAUUACUUGAACAAACCGCAAUUUUUCCGCAAGUGCCAGAAGAGAGUAAGCCUGAACGAUAGAGAGCAACAAGGAAGCCGUUUAUUUCUCUAGGGAUAAUAUAUACAAAACUACACAAUUCUUAUACUUCCAGCGUCCAUGAGUGUCCAGAUAUGCCAGUGUGAGGUGGAGUGUUCUGUGAGGUAAUUUAGAGGGUGUCCAGGCUUCUUAACCCUUUCACUGCUAUUUGGCUCUCCUUUCCUUGACAACUAGCCACUUCGACACAUCUCCUCUACUUCUACAGCCACCUCCAAACAGAAUACUUCUUUCUUGUGGAUGUAAAUUUUCCAUACAUUGUUUUUAGUAUUGUGAAUUGUUGCAGAUCUCAGAGAAAAGGGUUAAAGGAUAUUAGUACCUGUUAGAAAAAUACCCAGGCCUCUGUAAAGGGCAUUCAAACUUAAAGAAUAUCAGUGCCUUUUAAAGAAUAUUUGGGCCUCUGUAAAGGGAAUUCGGGGUUAUUUAAGGGAUAUCCAGGGUUCUGUAAAGGGUAUUCAGGCUUACUUAAAGAAUAUCAAUGCCUUUUAAAGAAUAUCCAGGGCUCUAAAGGGUAUCCAGGGUUAUUCAAAGGGUAUCAGUGCUUAUGUAAAGGAAAUUCAGCCUUAUUUAAAAGAUACCAAUGCCUGUGUAAAGAAUAUUCAGGUGUUUGUAAAGGGUAUUAAGUCUUAGAAGGAAUCAGUGCUUAUAUAAACAUUAUCCAGCCUUAUUUAAAAGAUAUUGAUGCCUAUGUAAACAAUACCCUGGUCUUUUGUUGGGUAUCCAGUUUGAAAGAUAUUAGUACAUAUUUAAAGGAUCUGCAAGUCUUUUAGAGGGUAUCCAUAUGUUUUAAAAUUUAAUUGUACCCACUUAAAGGAUUUCUAGACCUGUGUAAAAAGUAUUCGAGUCUUUUUAAAGUUAAUUGUGUCUGUGUAAAGGGUUUCCAGGCCUAUGUAAAGAGUUUCCAGGCCUGUGUAAAGGGUAUUCAAGCUUAUUUCAAAGAUAUUCAAGUUCUUUUAUAGUUUUGUAUAGGGUAUCCAGGCAGUAUUAAGAAUGACAUUACCUAUUCCAAGUCUCUAUAAAGGGUGUUCAGGCUUACAAAAAGACAUCCAAUCCUUUUGUAGUUUUGUAUAGGGUACCCAGGCAGUUUUAAUGAGAAGAGUACCCAUUUAAAGGACUGCCAAGGUGUUCAGGCUUAUAUAAAAGAGAUCCAGUCCUAUUUCUAUGGUAUCCAGUCUUGUUACGUUCAAUACUGCAGUGGGAUUGGAUCUGGCACACUAAAUGGAUCUUACUGGCUGAGACUGGUUAUGUAUAGACACCAGGGAGCAAGUGAAUGUAUAGUGUAUGUAUGUGAUUGUUAUUUAUACUAAUUAAAUGCUUUUUUACUCUAUGUAUUAAA